AUGGGAAAUAAUAAGUCAACAGAAAGGUAUUCGUCAUCUAAAUCGAUCAGGAAGGAUCAAAAUCUUUAUUCUUCUAUCAACGCUGCAAUUAGUAAUGUAGAUCUUGCAGCGCAAUAUCCAAAUAGUAAAUUUAUCGGAGUCGAUAUUGAACCAACAUUUCCAAAUGAGAUAAAGCCUAAACAUUUGGAAUUUAUGAUUGCAGACAUAUUUCAAAGGGUACCAUUCCCUGAUAAUGAAUUUGAUCUUGUACACUUAGAUUCAGUGUUAUGUUCAACAAUAUCAACGAAAAUAGAGUUUAUUCUAAACGAAAUGGUAAGAGUAUCAAAACCAAAUGGUUGCAUUGAAGUUGGUGAAACGUUUAUUUACAAAGUUGACUUAGUAUCAGGAUUAUAUGGGGUAGAAAAGUUCAUAGGAUUAAAAUUACCAGAUAUAGUAACCAAGAUACCGAAUAUUAAAAAUAUAAAUGUUGAAGAUAGAGCGGAGGUUUGUGAACAAUUAAAAUUAACCAAGGAUCAGUAUCAUCAGUUGUUAGAGGAUAUUUAUAAUGAACUAGAAUGUACAUCCCCUGAAAUGACUUUUCGUAGGGUACAUGCCCAAAAGAUAAGUUAA